AUGCCAUUUACUUGUUCAGAUAUUAUCAAAAUCAUUUUUGCAAUUAUAUUACCACCAUUAGGUGUCUUUUUAGAAAGAGGUUGUUCAUCAUCAUUCUUCCUUAAUAUUAUUUUAACAAUUUUGGGUUAUAUUCCAGGUAUCAUUCACGCUUUGUAUGUCAUUCUAAAGUAUUAGUAUAACUUCAAUUGAAUUGAUCUUAUACUCUGUAAUUGAAGUGGCGCAAUUUUGAUUUCAGUGUUGCUAUUUUUAUUAAACGGAAUUUGAAUUCUUACGAAACAAAACAAAACAAAACAAAACAAAGAAUAUCUAAAAAGUUACAAGAGAGUUGAAUUGAGAUGCUAGUAUAUGCAAUGUUUUAUAUAUCAUGAUGUUAAUGAAUACUUUUGAAAUUUAGGUUAUUACUACUGUUACUCUAUCGCUACCAAUUUGUGGAAAAUAAAUUAUUCUAAAAAGAAUGGCAUCUUUUGUUACAGUUUUUACAGCUCAGCUAUUUACAACUCAGCUAUUUGCGCUCUAAUAUUCAGUUUAGAACGUUUCUCUUCCAACACAGCUUGAAGCAUUAUCGUCGAAGCCCAAUUACGUAUCAUUUUGAUCUAUUUAAAGCAAACGCACGACUUUCACGUUUAAAUGUAUCAACGCUUAAAAACGACAAGUACCUUAAUGGAGAAAUGAGGCUUUAAACUCUUGAUAAAAGAAAGAAAAAAUUUAAUCAGAUUAAACUUUUAGUUAUCAGAUCUAACAUUAUUUAAUGUCGUGAGACAUUUAGAGAAACUUGUCAACAGGGUUGCGUAGUUGAGACUCUAGAACUAAAUAAUGAAAAGAUUUCGUUUAAAAGAAUGGACCAACAAUUUAAUAUAUUAGGUCUUAAUUCGUGCCGUUUUGUUUUAUGGAAAAAUAUGUAACAGAAAGCAAUUACAAAAUUAGAUUACAUCUUUUCAAUCUCAUAUAUAUAUAUAUAAAGAGAAGUUUAGAUCCAUGAUCAGAUACGACAUACAGUACAAAAAUCCAACUCGAAAUGCUCUCAUCUAGCUUAUCACGACUACAACUACACGUUUAUAUAACAAAUGAAGCCCUUUUUAAUCGAAAUCUCUUUUUGGUUUCAUAUCUCGGAAAUAUUUUCAAUUUGAGAUUUUUUUUUUUUUAUUUUUUUUUUUAUUUUUUUUUCUUUUUAUUAUAAAAAUUGUUUCAUAAAUUCAAGAUUUCCUUUUUAACAGAUAAUCAGCGACAACCAACUUGUUGUAACAUAUUCACUCCUUUCAAUAUUAUCUAAGAGACCAAAGUUAGUGCUUUACCAACUGCUGUGCAUUUUUUGACAAUAUUUCCAAAUAUCUCAGUUUGUUUCAAUUUUAAUUUCAUUAAAAAUUUUGUAUUAUUAUCAACAUUUCAUUACCACCCCUAUUUCAUUCACUAAUAUUUAAUAUAUAUGCAAUAGAAGCAUACUCAUUUGCAUUUAAUUAUCAUAGCGUUAUUUCAUCAUGCAUCCAAAAAUCUCAAAUUCUAUAAAAAUACCCUUCCUACAACGAAUAGUUCAUUCCAAAAUUGUUAAAUUCAUACUUGCAAUCAUACUUAUACUAAACAUCUUUUAUAUUUCAUCUAUAAUAACAGAUGGAAACAUAUCAAAACUAAUCAACAUCAAACAAUCAAAUAAUAUACCCAUAAAUGAAGAUCAAUUAACAAUAACGCCAACCCAUAAUGAUCACAAUACUAAAAAGAACUCACUACCCAAAAUUAAAUCAAUCACUAGUCCCAUAAUACAUUCAGAUGAUGAUUUAUACCCCAUACCCAAUUUACCAUAUGAUAAAUUAACAUCUGUGGAUAAAAUUUUAUAUAAAUUAAAUGAAGUUACUAUUAAUAAAGAUGGUAAAUAUUGGUUAGGUCACACUGAAUUAACAGAUUAUGAAAUUGAAAUUAAUGUUUCAGAGUUUCUUCAAGAAAAUUGGGUUGGUCAAAAUCUCCUAUUUUAUGAUCCUAGAUUCACUUUAUCUAUUUAUUUAUCAGAAAUUAAAAAUCAAUAUCAACAAGGUAAUAAAGAAGUGGUGCUACCUUUUUCAUGGUCCGAUUGGGUAGAUUUAACAAAGCUAAAUGAAGAACUUGCAAAACCUGAGUCUCAAAGAAAAGGAUGUGCUUAUUUAAAACAAACUCAUCAUAUACCUACUAAAAUUAAAAAUUAUUGUAUUGAUAAUAAUCAAAUAACAGAUUCAGAUUUAAAAGAAAUGAAAUUACCAAAUACAAAUUAUGUACCUGGUUUUGCUAUUCGUCAAUCUCCAACUAAUAAAGCAUCAAAUGAAGUUAGAAUGUUAGAAGGUAAAUCUCAUUUAUUAACAUAUGCAAAAAAUCCAUAUAGUAUAAUUUGGUUGAACAAGAAUGGAGGUACAUAUGAGGUGAAAAUAGAUGAAAAGCAGAAAAUAGUGGAUUCUGAAAUGUUUAAUAAUUAUUUAAAGAAUAAUAAAAUUAAACCAAAUCAGGAAAAGAUUGUAUUAAAUCCAGUUAAAGAAUUUAGAGAGUUGUUGAGUGCUAUUAAACCUAAAGUUUCUGAAUCAGAUGAAUUUGGAAUGAUUGAAAAAUUGAAAAGUCCAAAUCCUACAGAAUCUAGAGAAUUAUUUAUUCCUGAAUCUGCUUUUAAUUAUCAACAAGAUAAAAUUGAUUCACAAAUUAAAGAAUAUGACAUUAGAAUGGCCAAAUUAAAAGAUUUAACUACUAAUGAAUUAAAUUUUGAUCUUUCAACAAUUGAACAAUUAAAAUUUACAAGAAAUGAAAAAUUAUAUUAUGAGAGUUUAAAAUAUGCAAAUAGAUUCCCACUCAAGAAAGAACAAACUUAUUUCCGUAUGGCUAGGUUAAAUUUUGGAAAUGAGGAGAACGAUCAUGAUGCUGGCUGGCAUUAUGAGUGGAGAUUUUUCAACGGUGCUCUAAGAUAUUUAAAAACUGGUUGGUCAAAUGAUGAAUUAUUAAUUAGAGAAAAAGUAUUAUUGGAUCGUAUAUUGAGAAAUUGGUUCAGAUUUGCAAAUGAAAAGGGAAUAAUUAGUUGGAUUGCUCAUGGACCUUUAUUAUCUUGGUAUUGGGAUGGUUUAUUAUUUCCAUUUGAUGAAGAUAUUGAUAUACAAAUGCCAAUUGAACAAUUAAUCAAUUUUAGUAAAAAUUAUAAUCAAACUUUAGUCAUUGAGGAUAUCACUGAAGGGUUUGGUAAAUAUUUUAUUGAAUGUUCUACUUUUAUUCAUCAUAGAGGUAAAUCAUAUAAGGAAAAUCAUAUAGAUGCAAGAUUCAUAGAUAUAGAUACAGGAAGUUAUAUAGAUAUAACAGGAAUAGGAUUAAGUAAUGAAGAAGCACCAGAAAGAUAUAAUGAAUUAAUUAUUCAAAAUGAAUCAGAAAGUAAAUUACCACAAGUUUAUAAUUGUAGGUAUCCACAUUUUUAUUCAUAUGAAGAAAUAAUACCAUUGAGAUUUACAAUGAUGGGUGGUGUUCCAUUAUAUGUUCCAAAUCAAAUUGAAACAAUUUUGAAACAAGAAUAUGUUAAGGGGUUGACAAGUUAUGAUUAUGAAGGAUUUUAUUUCAUUGAUAAGUUAAAUUUAUGGAUACAUUAUCUGAAGAUUGAAUUUUUAUUUAAAAAGGAAGAUUAUUUGAUUGAUAAUAAUGUCAAUGUUGAAAAAUUUACAUCUUUAGUACAAAAUAUAACUAAUGAUGAUAUUGUAAGAAUACUUGAAAAUGAUGAAGAUAUUUUACUUGAAUAUUAUUUGACUAAACAGGUUACAGAUUUGCAUAAAAUUGAAUUAACACAUAUGUUUAAUUUACCAAAUGGAAAAGAUUCAAGAAUUUGUGACAUACAUGGAAUGAAAAGUCAACAAGAUAUAAGUUCUAAUAUUGAAUAUCAUAAAUUAACUUCACAGUUCAAUUUUCAAAAACCAUUUAGAAGAUCUUUAUUUAAUUAUGAAAUGAUUGAUAGACCAAGACAUCAUAAACAUUGA